CUUCAAUUUGGACCAUCAAUGCACAGGGCCACAAUUUGUUUCCAUUUUUUUUUUUUUAUCUCUACUAAAUCUGAAAAUCAAAAGGGCCACACCACUUCUCUCACCCGGGCAUGCCCUUUUCUGAAGAUGCCCUCCGACAGAAUCCCUAAAAAGGCCCUAUUUUCCUCUGCCACUCUCAAUCCUCGCAGGUACUAAUCUAAACAUUUUUUUUUUUUUUUUUGCAACCCACGUUUGAUUCCAUAGAAAAUCCAUCCCCCAUUCGAUUUCCGGGAAAAUUCAUCCUCGUUUGAUUUCCGAGAAAAUCCAUGCAAAACCCCCAAAGAAAACCAAAAAAAUUGCUUUUCUUUUGCUCCCUGUGUUUUCUGGAUCUGUUUUAGGGGUCUCUUUGCUGUUGUGCCAUUGGAUUUAAAUUUCACGAACCCUAAAUCCACGUUUUUUGAGCCAGGCUGAAAAACACAAGCUUUGCCUGCGAAUCAUGAUCAGAUUUUGUAUCCUGUGCGCGGGCUGGACUGGUAGGAAAAUUUCUGUUUUUUUUGCCGAAAAAUCGCCGAAAUAAACCGAAACAAAACGAUUUUUCUCCGAAAAUUUUCAACCGGAGGCGAUUUUUGGCGAAAUUUACGGAUAUUUCUUCCGUCGACAUUUCGCCCCCCUCUUUCGUUUCGCCGACCUCGGAAACACGAAAUUUCGCCGAAAUUUCGGCCAAAAGAACAGAAAUUUUCAUCCUUGUUUGAAACCUCCCCUCAAAGCCCGACGCCCGACGCCCGACCUUAGCCCACCCAUCCCCUCAAAGCUUUCUGCAACUGGCAUCCUCAACCCUCACCUCAUCCCCAAAGCGGUAAUUUCUUCAUUCUCCUCCUCAAUCGCUCUCCAUCCGAGACUACACAGUUGGAAAGACGCUUCACUUUCAUUCGACAUUGUUGAUCUGAUUGAAGGAGUUGAUCAAUACAGAAGCUGGUUCCCACAUGCUUGUCGAUGCUUGAGGAGCAAUAAUAUUCAAAGCUCAUUGGUUUCACCCUUAGUCUUACCCAGUGAUGAAGAUAAAAAAAGCCAAUGCUGGUGCACUUACCAAUUUUGAAGUACUUGACUUUUUACGGUCUAGAGGUGCUGCAAAGGAUCCCACUCGGGUGAUUGCCCCCAUAGCAGCAUCUGAGUUUAAGGUCUAUGACUAUCUGGUUGAGAGUGCUGCUUGCAAUCAAACAAGAGAGAGCAUUAAUGAGUUGUUGGAAAAAUGUAAAAAGUAUGACCUUGCAAAGGCUGAGAUCCUCAAUAUAAUCAAUAUCAGGCCAGCUUCACCAGUUGAAAUUGACCCGAUUAUAGAGGAAAGCGAGAAGCGGAUGGGAGAAGGGAUUGAAGACCUGAUAGAGAUGGUGAUAACAGUGCUGCCACCUCCCCCUAACCAAAUGAACACCGAAGAGGAGGUUGUUGCUGGUGAUGAAGAAAUUGCCGAUGGGGAGCAAACGACAACGGAAACAACGACAACAACAAUGGCAACGGAAAACUAAGGGAGGGCAUUAGGGUGAUGACUAAAUCCAUAUGUUUGUGAUAGUUCUUUUUUGUUUUUUUUUGUUUUUGGCUUAGUUUCUGUAGUGAAGAGGGCCUUAUGAGGAGUAGAGUAUGAUACAUAACAGUACUACCAUUUUAGGUUUCAAUAUGCUAUCUAUUUUAUCACUUGCUCAGCUCUAAGUGAAGUUGAGCACAAUGUAUAAUUAAUUCAGUACAAUGUAUAAUUAAUUGUUAUUGUUAAAUUAAAUUAAAAUUGAUUAUUAUUGCCUCAUAGGUAAUAAUGGAUAAA